GAAAUAGAUGUCGUUUUUAAUGUUACUUCACUUUGUUACGGCGUCAAGGAAACAACUUGAUUCAUUCUUAUAAAAACAAAAACAAAACCAGAAUGGCCAAUAUUUUAAACACUGAGGAAGUUACAAACACUAAAGUGGUUGAUAAAUUGGUUGAACCAAAUUCCAGACGCAUUGCCCACAAUGAUGAGCCCAUUAAUAUGCCAUACUUUCCCCGGCAAAUCUUCAUGAACUGCCCGGAAUUGUUUGGCAGGAAGGAGAGUUUCCACCAUAAGCCGUUGGUCCCUCAAGCCAGAUCAGCAUGCACUUACGGCAUUGCUCAACUGUUGGCCAUCGGGCGCCAAGUGACCUAUCGCUUGCUGGAUCGGCGUUUUGAGCAUGAGCAGUUGUGGAGCCGCUAUCUAUUGGUCGAACGCCUUCGAGCCGCCGGAAUCUAUCACAACCGCCUGGGCGAGCCUUGCGACAAUUUUUGCGAAACAGAGAGGAGGGCACGUGGUGACACCGAUCCCGGCACGCCCAACUCACCCAUGGGAUGGAGGGCUUGAGGGCCCGAAAAAAACUACUUGUAACUUUUUAGCCGAAAAAUUGACUUUGUCCGUGAAGAAAUAAAUA